CUCUCUCUUACACUCUAUAGCGAAACAUUCGUUUACGGAAUUACGCUAAUCUCUCCAUUCUUCGACGAUUCAUUUUCCGAAUCCCUAAUCUGCCAUACACAGGUGUUUAAGUGCUUUCGCAUUGCUAGUUGUAGAAGUCUAGAACAUGGCAUCAUCGGAUGACGAGGGGGAGACAUAUCCAGACGCUAUCAUGGAUUAUGUUUUUUAUGAUAAAGAUAAUGACCCCAUUUCAUUUUCAAAGUUACCCGUACAGUGGAAUGACAACGAGAGUUCAAGUGCUAACACAGGGCCCGUUUAUUUGAGUGGCCUUGUUGAUAAUGGUAGGAGAAAGAUAUACCAGCAGGUGAUAGCAUGGAAGUAUGAUAUGUUAACUACAGUUCCCCAGAUCUCCGUGCUUUUCAAAGAUAACCACUGGAUCAAGCUAGAAAAACCUAAAAAAUGUUACAAAAAUAUGAUCAGGACAAUAUUUGUCUCCGUGCAUUGUCUCUGCUAUCUGAAAAGAAAACCAGAAGCACCAGAGAAAUCUUUAUGGAACCACCUCUCGAAAGUUUUCAGCUCGUAUGAUGUAAACCCUUCAGUGAAUGAUCUGAUAGAUCAUAUUAGCUUCAUCAGAGAAGCUGUAAAGAGGGAUGAAACAUUGGAAAAAUCCAAGUUUUUGGCUGCAUUUUUGGAUAAUCCCAGAAAGAGGAAAUCUCAUGAUGAGAAUGUUGGAACUGCUACUAAACCUAGCUUUAUAGUUGAUGACACGAACGCUGAAACGCAAGAUGAUGACAUCAUCACCAAUCAGACUAAAGAUAGUGAGUCUGAUGAGGAAGAUGAUAAUUACGAUACAGUUUGUGCAAUUUGCGAUAACGGCGGUGCACUCAUCUGUUGUGACGGGGAAUGUUUUAGGUCAUUUCACGCAACCCGAGAUUCUGGACUAGAUUCCAAGUGUAAAUCUCUUGGUUUAACUUCUAAAGAAUUGGAGGGUCUACAAAAUCAACUAUAUAAAUGCGAGAAUUGUAAGUAUCGUCUACACCAGUGCUUUGUUUGUGGUAAACUAGGCUCUUCUGAUAAAUCUUCGAAUACAGAGGUAUAUCGUUGUUGUUCUGCAACUUGUGGUCAUUUUUAUCACCCAGAGUGUGUAGCAAAGUUGCUCCAGAGGAAUGAUAAAGCAGGCCAACAGGCUCUAAAAGAAAAAAUUGCUGCCGGUGAACCCUUCGUAUGUCCAGCUCACAAAUGUGCUGUCUGUAAGCAAACGGAAAACGAAAAAGUGAAAGAUUUGCAGUUUGCUACUUGCAGGCGGUGUCCAAAAUCAUAUCACAGGAAAUGUUUACCGAGUGACAUUAUGUUUUAUGAUCAAAUUGGUGGUGGUGGUGAUGAUGAUGAUGAUCAUGGUGGUGAUGAUGAUGAUGAUGAUGAUGAUGUUGUUGUUGAAGCUAGGGCUUGGAAUGGACUUUUGCCUAAAUCACGUGCAUUGAUAUAUUGCUUAGAACACGAGAUUGUUCCCAAACUCGGCACCCCUGCAAGACCCAUAAUAUUUGAGAUUAUUCGCGAUAGAAAGACACCGCAACCAGACAAGAAGAAAGUCGCGGUCAAGUUAACAGAUCUCGAUUCCGAAAACCCAUCCAAGAAGUCUGUUCUGAAGUCACAGAAACAUGUUGAAAAAUCUUCCACCAUUAAAUCAGAAGGCUCUUCCAAAAAGAGAGCAGCAUUUUCAUCGUGUGAAGAAUCUUUGAAGAGAAAGAAAGUAGCGAAUACGUCUAGGAACCCUUUGAGGAAUUUGUCAACAAAAGUCAAGAAGCCCAGCUCGAAUGAUGGUCAACCAACAUUAGGGAGUAGAUUAUUUGAUUUGUUUGAUGAGAGUCAUGAGACAAUAUCAAACAACUUGGAGAAAGAUGACACUUCUGCGGUGGCCAAAUCUCAGCAGACAGAAAUUUUACCUCCUCUAGAUGACAAAUCUAAAGAGAGAUUAUUGGCGUUAAUGAAAGAAGCUGCUUCGUCUGUUACACUGGAUGAGGUAAAGAAGUACCAUCAAGAAAAAGUACCAUCUACACAUGCACUUUCAUCAAGGGUGGACAAAACCAUUUACUUAGCGAGGGUGGAAGGUGCUGUGAAGGCUAUAAAUUUGGCUGCAAAGAAGCUUAAAGACGGAUGCAGUGUAGAGGAUGUGAAGGCUGUCUGUGACCCUGGUGUCUUUGAUCAAUUAAUGAGGUGGAAGGAUAGACUCGGAGUGUACCUUGCACCAUUUCUACAUGGAAUGCGAUAUACAUCUUACGGUCGCCAUUUUACAAAAGUAGAUAAGUUGGAAAAGAUUGCUGAUAAGCUUCAAUGGUAUGUUGAAGAUGGUGACAUGGUAGUUGACUUUUGUUGUGGGGCAAAUGACUUUAGUUGCCUUAUGAAGAAACGGCUUGAUGAGAUGGGGAAAACGAACUGCUCAUACAAAAAUUAUGAUUUUAAACAACCGAAGAAUGAUUUCAACUUUGAGAAGAGGGAUUGGAUGAAGGUUUCUCCGAAGGAAUUACCUAACGGGUCUCGUUUGAUCAUGGGACUAAACCCUCCAUUUGGGAUGAAUGCUUCUCUUGCAAACAAGUUUAUAGCCAAUGCUCUUCUAUUUAAGCCGAAGCUUAUUAUCCUCAUUGUUCCCCCAGAAACACAAAGGUUAGAUAGUGAAAGGAGGAGACCCCAAUAUGAUCUGAUAUGGGAGGAUGCUAGCUUGCUAGCUGGCAAGUCAUUUUAUUUUCCUGGAUCUGCUGACGUGAAUGGCAAUCAAGUUGAUCAAUGGAACAACACUACACCACCACUAUACCUUUGGAGUCGGCCCGAUUGGACCUAUAAACACAAGUCUAUAGCCCAGCAGCAUGGCCAUAUACCCCGAGUUCAAACACCACGACAAUCUGAUCAAAAUGGGCCUGCAUUGGACCUUCCGGUUGGUAAUUAUGAUCAAGGUGCCAGUAAUCAAACUCAUGCUCAAAAAACUCGUGCUCCUGUUGAAGCUCAGAAACAUGAAAAAAGACAGGUUCCCGCUCAUGAACAAGGGUUAACAAGAUAUGGUUCUACAAAUGGAACACCGCACAACAGGACAAACACAUCUGCAACACAACGCUAUGCACCCAGGCUUGAUGAGCUGAACAAUGUAAGGGUUAACAACUCGGGGCGGUCUGGACUUCAGGAGAUGAAUAGUGCAAGGAUCAGUGGGGUGGGACAACAUGAACCACCUGUGGGAAGUCGUGGUGUUGGUGGUUAUGGUCCACCUGUUAAUGGACCGGGGUCCCAUAUGGGUUCUUUAGGGUUUGCACCUGGUCCGGACCACCAAUAUUCUCAGCAUACUUCGUCUGGUGGUUGGUUGGACGAUUGAUCAGGUUUGGUGUUACUUUUCCACAUGAUACAUAUGUUUUUGGGUUUUGAAAUAUUAGUAGGUAUAGUGUGGAACUAAGGUUGUUUAAUGGUACAAAACCAGACUGCGCCGUACUCAAACCAACCUUAUAAAGAUUACGGGUAUAUGAUAUCGGUAUAGCUACAAACCGUAUUACUUUGGAUUAACCCAACUUUUUUUGAGAAGUAUCAUUUUGAUAUAGUAAAAGU